AUGACGGGUGCUACGACGACGCCUCCACCGGAGCCGUCUCCGGACAUGCUCGAAAAGAAAGAAAGUAUACGACAAAACACCGAUCUUGAAGCGACCAUCGACCAGGAGGAUCCUCUUGCGCUGCUCUCCAAGAUCGAAACCAAUUCGGAUGCACAUCCGAUUCGAUGGCCGCUCUGGAAAAAGUGGUAUAUCACGUUCGUGUACUGCCUUCUCCAGGUCUUCGUCACCCUGACAUCGACGACGUACGUCUCGGUCGAAUUCUUGAUCAUGGAGAAGUGGACCAGCAACACACAGGUGGCCACGCUCGGCCAGAGCAUGUUCAUCGUCGGUACUGCCGUCGGGCCUGCAUUCCUUGGUCCUCUCUCCGACAUUGGAGGCCGGAAAUGGGUGUACGUGGUCUCGAUCGCUCUCUAUGCGAUCCUGAAUAUCGGCACCGCGCUGGCCGACAACUUCCCCAUGCUGGUCAUCUUCUGCUUCCUUAUCGGGUGCGCGGGCUCGGUCGCCUUGUGCAAUGUGGCAGGAACCAUUGCCGAUCUGUUUGGCGACCACGACGGUGCGGCGCAGCCCAUGGCUCUUUUCGUCCUCGCGGCAAAUUUCGGGCCCAGUUUGGGCUCUCCGAUCGGAGAGUGGAUCGCCGAGAAUGAGAGCUUGGGAUGGCGCUGGAUCUUCUACAUCAACAUCAUCAUUGGCGGCGCAUUCGCCUUUGGGAUGUGUUUCAUACCGGAAACCCUGCCCCGAAUCGUCAUUGCGAGGGCAGUCAAGAGACGGGGGAGCGUCGACCAGACCGAACUCGACAUCGCGAUGGGAUCAAGCAAGCUGUCCGCCGUUCGGGAGCUCAAGUUUGUGGCGACAAUGGCGCUGAGGAUCAUGUUCACCGAACCCAUCGUCAUCUCGCUUGGCCUAUACAACGGGUUUGCCUAUGGAUUGCUCUUCCUCUACCUCGACGGCGUCUUCGACGUGUUUGUCUUCGACAACGGUCUCAGCUACAUUGGCGCUUCGUUGACCUACCUUAAUUUCUGUGUUGGUGUCACGGUGACGUUCAUUUUCGUGCCUGUUCAAACCUACCUCUUCCGCCGAGACAGGUUGAAGCACGGACGCCAAAGGCCCGAAGCUCGUUUCCUCACCUCAUUGGUGACUGUGUGGCUGUUCCCCAUCAGUCUGUUUUGGUUUGCUUGGACGUGCGAUGGAUCUGUAUCAUACUGGUCUCCCGUCGUGGCGGGCGCUGUGCUUGGCUUCUGCGAUCCGCUUCUGUGGUUGGCCAUGCUCAAUUACAUCACCGACUCGUACCCGAACGUGGCCGCCAGCGCCAUUGCAGCUUUCCUCAUCCCGAGUUUCCUGAUCGCCGCAGGUUGUGCACACGCCGGUGUUGCCAUGUUUGCCAACAUGAACAUCAGGUGGGCGUUCUCGACCCUGGGAUUUAUCUCUAUUGGGUUGGUGGCCUUGGUAUAUGUCCUCUUCUUCUUCGGUCCGACGCUGAGAAGGUGGAGUCCGUUGGCCCGAACAUUUUGA